AUGGCGGAUCCAGAGGAUGAUUUGAAGGAAUUGCCUUCAAGAAUAAUAUAUAAUAAAUUUAAGGGUACCAGUUGUAAUUCCCAAUAUAAACAAUACCAAAUAGGAAUAAGGAAUAUGCUGAAGGAACAUUCUGAUAUUAAAAAACAUGAAGAUCAAAUUGUGGAAGCUUGGUGUCAUGUGACUAGAAUGUGGGAUACGAGUGUAUUGUGGGAUACGAAUAUAUUGUGGGAUGAACGUUGCAAGUUCUUGUAUUUCUGGGUAGGAAAUUUAAUACAGAACGAUUCAGAGUCUGGUAAGUUUUCUGCCCGUAUGGGCAAAAUUUAUGAGGCGCUGAAUUAUGUGACUUGGAAGAAUAAGUGCGAUAUUGCAUACCCCGAUGUUAUUAACAAAAAUCUUUUCAGUAAGAGAAAAAUAGUGUUCGAUUACUCGCAUGACAGAGUGCAUGUACAAAAGGAAUUAGAAAAAUCAGGGAGUCCUAAUAAGCACCUGUGGUGUGCAUAUGCGCUGGGAAUUGCAGCAGCAUAUAAAGAAGUGCAAGAAGAUUGUGAUUAUGGUGAUAAUAAGAGUAAAGGUUACUGCACUAAAUUUAAAGGAACGUAUAUAAAAUACAAUCCUGAGCAACUACUAAGUUCACACUGUGAAAUAGUGCUUGCAGAACAGCUUAGAGUGACUACGGAAGUUGAAAAGCCUUCGAAACAGGGAGAUCGAGGAGAAGUUGAACUGAGGAAAGAACUACAAGAGGAGGAAGAACGUCGGGAGAUUGAUGGAUUACAAAUAGAGGCUAUGCCAGAAGCUGAACUUGAUGAGAACCAGGAACUUCUUGCACACCAAGCCUUACCUGAUAGCAGCAGCACCACUACAACCGGCCUGUUUUCCAUACUUUCUAUAGCAGGACUAGGCAGCAUUACUUUCCUCCUAUAUAAAGUAAGCCUUACUGCACGUUGA